ACAGUCAAGUCAGCAUCAAUUGAGAUUGCGUAUAUCCGUGCUUUCUACCCACCUCUCUCGUCUUCGUUACGUCCCUUUACAGACAGAUUUAGAACUAAAACAGGCAUAAGUCGAGGAGGUGUAGGUUUUUGAAGUAGUCCAGAAUAGAAAAAUCUUUAUAGAAGUUCAGGUCAGUCGUUUCUUAAUUGAACAAAUUACAAGGCUUUUGUUGGGGAUCUUUGAAAUUGUUACAUCAAUCAGAAGAUAUAUGGAAGGGGAACCGGGCAUUUAAAGAAAAUGUUGACGUGUAAUAUGUUGUCAACUAUGAAAUGCUUUCUUAUAUUUCUUUGGACCUCGUAUAGUGAAUUUUUUCUGCUGCUCUGAACCACAUCUAAAUUGCUCAUUCCAAAUAAGUUAACUAAGAAGAACUUUACUUAAUUUUUAAAAUAAUUCAAAAUGGCAUCAGCGUGGAGUCAAUUGGAUCAACUUUUAACGUGUGCAAUCUGCUUAGACAGAUAUCGCAAUCCAAAACUUUUACCAUGCCAGCAUACUUUUUGUAUGGAUCCCUGCCUAGAGGGAUUGAUCGAUUAUGCAAGGAGACAGAUAAAAUGUCCAGAAUGUCGGGCUGAACAUAGAAUACCUUAUCAGGGAGUGCAGGCAUUUCCUACCAAUGUAACGUUAGUACGAUUUUUAGAAUUGCACAGAGAUAUAACGGGUGAAGAACCCGAACCUCCUACCAGCAUGAUGGAACGAUGUACUGUUUGUAGCGAGAAAUCGUAUCUUGAAAGAUGCGCUCAUUGUGAUAAGAAAAUAUGUCAAGAUUGUAGAGAGGCACAUGCUGAUGUAUUGAGAAGAGAAAUAAAUAGAAUUAAUAAUCAAGUUAGAAGAGGACUUAGCAAGUUAUCAGAUGCUCUUUCCCAGACACAAAAGAAUGCAGAUAAAUUGAAGCAAAAUUGCCGUCAAGUAAAGGACGAGAUUGAAGAAUUAGUUAGAAGAUAUAGUAAAGAUUUAAAAGAUACAGAAGAUAAAUUAAAACACGAUUUAGAUGUAUAUAUACAAACGGAGAUGAAAAAUAUCACUAAGCUUAAAGACGAUUUAGAUGUAGAAGUAUCUAAUAUUAAUAGCAACUGUGAAUUAGUAGAUAAGUACAUUAGCGAUACAGUAGAAUGGUCAGAUUCAGAAUUGGUUGAAUACAAAGAUAUAUUUCUCAAAACAUUAGAAUUCUUAAGAAAUUUUGACCCUGACACUUCGGAUUUUUCUCGAAAAGUUAGAUUUGAACCUAAAUCAGAUCCUGAUAUUUUGCAUAGGACCAUAGCCGAUUUUGGUGAAAUUAAAAUCAAUGCUCCGUUCCUAGCUGCCAAUUUGAAUUUAGCUCCCCCUCACGGAAAUGCUUUAAUGAGAAGCCAGAGUGAUCAUCGUUUAGCUUCCCAAUUUCAAAGGCGUCAGGAAGGUUCUAGAAAUUUUCUCGAUGUCAGUCAGAGAUUUGCUGGCCACGCCAGUGAUUCUGAAAGAGAAUCACGAGAUGGUGUUCAAACUUCUCCUCUUUUUGGUAGAAGCAGGAGAGAUUAUGAUGGUUAUCGACGUUACAGCGAUAGAAAUAGAGAAGACUACGGAGAAUCCAGAGAAGUAGGUAGAAGUCGUUUUCUUAGGGAUGAAGGUUCUAGGUGGAGAGACGGCGAUAAUGAGUAUAGUAGCUAUCGUUCACGUUAUAGUAGAGAUUCUAGUGAUUACAGCCAAGAAAGCGAGCAUCAUUCUUCUCAUACCAGAACUGUACGAUUUGAAGAACCUGCAACAAGUCCUCAACGAGAACGUGUGAUAGAAAUUGAUGAAUCAACCAAAGGUCCUUUAAGUGGUAUUGCAAGAUUGCUAGACUCUUCUUACGUUCUAGAACGUCUUCGACAGAAUGAAAUUAAGCAGAAGCAACAGGAAAAAGAGAAAGAAAAAGCAAGUCAAGAACCAGCCCCUGUAUCAACACCUGCACCGACUACAACUCCAGUACCACAGCCACCCCCAAGAAGGACUACUCGUCAGUUAAGUGAAGAUGAUAUAGAAAAACAGAAGAGGCAGAAUCAACUUCAAGCAAGAUCAAAUUCUCCAGUAACAUCUCCAACAGUAACAGCAACAUCAACUGUACCUGCAUCUCAAACUCCUACACCACCUCAUUCUCCAAUUACCGAAAAACCUGUACUACGCAGAGUUGCAGCGUUACAAAAGGAAGAAGAAAAGAAAACUGAAAAUCGAUAUCAAAGACAAAAUUCCAUGAGUCCCGACAGCGAACGGUUGAGCAGUUCUCGACGUGGUUCACAGCAGGAAGAUGAUUCUUCGAGGUCCAGAAGGAGAAGUACAGAGAUCACCGCAGUAGCUACGCCCGCAUCCCCUCAACCUUCUGUGGAGUCCCCAACACUUACUAGGUCUAAGUCGUCGCUGGGGAAGACCGUUUCGCUAGAUGCCCAAGAUGAGUCGAGCCGUCCCACGUUACCCCGCGUUCAGGAACAGAGGGAAGAGGAAAGAAAAUUAACCGAAUCCCCCCGAGCAAUUCAAUCUUCAUUUUAUGGACGCCUUUCAGCAUCCAGACGACCUGAGCCCCAACCAGAACCCAAAGAAGAACCAAAAGUAGAAGAGGAAGACGAAGAUGAAGAUGAAAGUGAAGAAUCUGAAAGCGAAUCAGAAUCCGAAAGUGAAGAGAGCAGUAGUGAAUCGAGCGAAAGUGAGAAAGUGGAAGAGAAAAAAACAACGGAAACUCAAGAAAAUUCUUCUUCCACCUCUUCGGAAUCGGAAGAGGAGGAACAAGAGGAACGAAGUCCUACGCCUCCACCGCCAGCACGCAGCACAGAAUCGAAAAGAGAAAGCAGAGAUUACAAUAAUGUCGACACUAAUCACGUAUCAACUCGAAAUAGUUAUUCCAGUUACAGUAGAAGCAACGAUGUCGAUUCCAGAAAUUCUUACGGCAAUGAUAUUGAUUCUAGAAGUUCUUAUAGCAAUGAUAUCGAUUCCAGAAAUUCUUACAGAAGCAAAUGGUGGGAAAAAGAUAAGAAAGAUGAUUACGUGCCACGAUAUUUAAGUAAUCCCUUAGGUAGACGUAAAAGCACAUAUGACGAAGAUGAAGAAGAGACCAGGCCCUAUAGCAGAUUUUUGGCACGUAGUCGCAGUUCUGCAUUACUUGGUAAAGAAGACAGUCCCCCAGAAGAUACAGGACGUUACAGAAGAUAUAGUACAGCAGCAGCAAAUCUACGCAGAAAUAGAAUUGCAAAAAGUAAAAGUAGCCAUGACAUCGGUUUUGGUGAAGAGAGCGCGGAGGAUGAUGUACCAUCAACGCCUACUUAUGGAAGAUCGAGUAGAACGUCCGAAAAUUCGAUAUCUAGGAGCAGAAGCCACCAUGCUAUUAAAUCUAGAGAGCCUAGUCCAGAAGAAGAUGAUCGUCUUUCGUGGUCAAAAUAUCUCAGAAACAAAUAUGGGACUGGGAGUAAUAGCACGUCGAGGAAUGUUUCACGCAGCAAAAGUUCUCAUGCAAUAUAUUCUCGAAGUGCUAGUGAAAAUAGCUCAGAAGAUGAAUAUGUUCCAAUAAAUUCCCGCAGGAAAGAAAGCAUUGGAAGAGUCAAAGACUCUUAUCUCUUCUCUAAUCCAAGAAGCACUUACGUACAAAAGAAAAGAAUGGUGAUGAAAAUCGGAACUCGUGGCACAGAUCCUGGAAAGUUUACAUGGCCUCGUGGUGUAUCUAUCGGUCCAGAUAACAUCAUCGUUGUAGCGGACAGCAGUAACCAUCGAGUUCAGGUUUUUGAUCAUAAUGGUAAAUUCUUACAAGAAUUCGGAAGUUAUGGUAGUGCUGAAGGGGAAUUCGAUUGCUUAGCUGGAGUAGUAGUCAACAGAAUAGGCCAAUUUAUCGUUUCUGAUCGAUACAAUCAUCGAAUUCAAGUAUUCGAUCCUUCUGGACGAUUCCUGCGAUCCUUUGGUUGUGAAGGUCGAAGUGAUGGACGUUUCAGCUAUCCAUGGGGAAUCACAACAGAUAGCCUCGGUUUUAUAUACAUUUGCGACAAGGAGAAUCACAGAGUCCAGGUAUUCCAAUCAGAUGGUACAUUCGUUGGUAAAUUUGGCACUAUUGGUACAAGACCAGGACAGCUCGAACAUCCUCAUUAUAUAGCCGUUACAAAUACGAAUAGGGUUGUCGUCAGUGAUACAAAUAACCAUCGAGUUCAAGUGUUCGAUGUUAAUGGCCGCAGUUUGUCCACGUUUGGUACCGAAGGAUCCGAAGAAGGACAGUUUAAAUUUCCUAGAGGCAUUGCAGUUGAUGAUCAAGGUUAUAUUAUAGUUGGAGACAGUGGAAACAAUAGGAUACAAAUUUUCCAUCCUGACGGUACAUUCCUUAAGUCAUUUGGCACUUGGGGAUCUUCCGACGGAGAAUUUAAGGGACUCGAAGGAAUUGCUGUCACAUCCAGCGGGAAUAUUUUUGUUUGUGAUAGAGAGAAUCACAGGAUCCAGAUGUUUUGAGUAAGUAUUUUUAAGAUUUAUUAUUACAAUUGUUAUUUUUAACAUCGUAAAUAUUUGUUUUUUAAAUAUAUUUGAAACACUACAUUUGCAAUCAAUCCAAGUUACUAAAAACACUGUUUUUCUGCUUCAUAAACCAAGAAAUAAUGGUUUUUAUAGUAAUAAUCUUAUGAUUUACUGAUCUAAAACGUUUACUACUGUAUAAAACUACUCUGUUACUAUGUAGAAGUGAUUGCUAAUAAGCAUAAUAAUCACUGUUCUGUGAUUUAUUGUAAUUACUGUACUAUACCAAACUCAAUAUUAAUUAAAAAUAGCAACAUGAAUAAUUACCAUUUAGUAAUCAAUUAGUAGUAUAAAAUCUUAUGAAUUAAUACUACCAGAACUUAUUAGAAUUGCAUA